UCCGGACUCGGACUCUCUCCCCAAUUAUUCAAAAGCUUGCAAUUUCAGCCGUCAGCUGAUUUUUUCUGGGACACGGAGUGCUAGUUCUGCCGCGCCUUCUCUCGUUCUUCUGCUCUCAGCGCCUGCGCUCUAGCCUGAGAUCCGUGGGGCUCCAUCUCAAUGGCCGUCACUGAUGCCCUUCCCAGGUCGGGAUGGCUCGCCAGCGGAUUUAACACCACGAGCCAGCAGCUUUCCCCCGGCUGGACCGCUUCAAGCCUCCUCCGCGCGCCCGCCCUCGUCGACGCUUCAAGCCUCCUAGUAGCUGAUUCGCAUUUCGUUAUAACGGCUCUUAUCGCAGCCCUUGCUGUUAUCAUUUCCACCUCCUGGCUCUCCUUCCUCCGCCGCCGUCGCUCCCUCCCCCCCGGCCCUUCCCCAUGGCCCAUCCUCGGCAACCUUCCGGACCUGGGCGCGCUGCCGUUCCGCUCCCUCGCGAAGCUCUCCGACAGGUACGGCCCGAUCCUGACCGUCUGGUUCGGUUCCACGCCUUCCGUGAUAAUUUCGUCGCCGGAGCUCGCUCGCGAGGUGCUUAAAACGAAGGAUAAGCUCUGCUCGUCGCGCCCUCUGCCUCGCACCGUGGCGAUUCUCACUCUCGACGGCAAAAACAUCGCAUUCUCUCCGGCGAACGACCAUUUGCGAAAGAUGCGACGGUUGGCGACCCUCCACCUGCUGUGUGCGAAGAAGCUGCAGGAGAGCCUCCCCGUGCGAGAGGGCGAGAUUCGCGACAUGCUCGACGCGAUCGCUGCUGACACCGGCUUCACCGUUGAAAAUGCGACUAGUGAAGCGGGUGCGAAAAACGCUGCAGACGGCGCGAAAUCUACCGCCGAAGGGGGGAUAGAGAUGCGGAGGUACUUAAAUCGCGCCACGCUCAACAACAUUCUGCGCCUGACUGUCGGAAAGCACUUCAGCUACGCCUCGAUCCACGGCGCGGCCGGCACCACGCCCAAGGCGAUCCUCGACGCCGCGAUGCAGAUCGACUGGAACGCACGCAUCGCCGCAAUGGGCGGCGACAAACGCGGUGAGAUUCCCGGCGCUGACGCCGGCGCCGCAGCUCCAGCAACGGGGCCUCAGGCUGCGGCGGCUUCCGCCACUUCGGCGGCUGUGGAAGAAGAGUUCGAGUUAUCCUCGUUAAAAGAGGAGGCGGAAGGCGAGGUGGUGUUUGCGAUUAUCGAGGAAGGGUUCGCCCUCGCGGGCGCGUUCAACCUCGCGGAUUACGUGCCGUGGCUGAGCCGCUGGGACCCGCAGCGCAUGUACGCGCGCACACAGCGCCUCGCGCCGCAGCUGCACGGGUUCAUGCGCGCGUGCAUCGAGGAGAGGCGGCAGCUGCUGCUGAAGAGGCGCGCGGAGGAACCGCGGACCGAAAUCGGGGAGCGGGGGGAGCAGGAGGAGCAGGCGGAGCGGGAGGGGCGGGAGGAGCAGGAAGCCGCUCUUGUUGACACUUUGUUCGAGAUUGAAGGAGAGGGGGAGGAUCAGAUGGGGAAGGAUGAGAUGAUGAUGCUGGCCGUUGAUAUGAUGAUGGCUGGUACCGACACCACCUCCAAGACCGUGGAAUGGGCGCUUGCUGAGCUGGUGCAGCGCCCGGACACGCUGGAAAGGCUCCGGGCUGAGGUGGAUGCGGCCUAUGCCAAGUCAGCAAGUGCAGCCGCUGAGACUGGGGCAGCAGGUGCUGACGUCAUGGUUUCGCUCCCAGUACUGGAAAUGCCGUUUCUCCAGGCGGUUUUAAAAGAAACGCUUAGGCACCACCCAGUUGCCCCGUUCCUCAUUCCCCAUCUGACGACUGGUAGCGUGGCACUGGGCGGUUACACCAUCCCUCCCAACACCAUGGUCCAGGUCAAUGCCUGGGCUCUUGCACACGAUCCAACGGUCUGGAUCAACUCGCACGAAUUCGACCCGACCAGAUUCUUUGACCCUGCUGCCCCUGACGUGACUGGGCAAAAUUUCAGCCUGCUGCCCUUUGGGUCGGGCAGGCGCGGGUGCCUUGGAACCAGCCUGGGACUAGACCUUUUGGCACGCCUGCUGGCGAAUUUUGUUCUGCGGUUUGAUUUCGAGCUGCCCGCAGAUGUGCGGGCAGCUGGAGGAGUGGACAUGGGGGAAACUUAUGGGCUGACCAUGGCUAUGGCUAAGCCACUACGGCUUGUGGUGAGGGAGAGGAUGGCAGUGGUGGCUGCACCAGGGGCAUGAGCCUGCUUUUUCUAGUUCAAUAGCACCUUUCUUUUAUAGUAUUUUGUCUGUGACCUCAUGUCAAUACCAGGGACUGUGGUUAGGGAGGGGGAGGGAGUGGGCGUGAAGGGGUGGUUGAAGGACCAGAGCUGCAGCAGGAGCAUCGUUUGUUUGCUUUGUGGAUCAUUCUCAUCACCAGUUAGGUUGAAACCUUGUGUGUGUUCAUGCUGUCUUUUGUGUACAGCAAAUUCUCUACAAUUAAUAAACAUUUCACUG